AUGGAAUACCAGGCAAACUACUCCAUCUGGGAUGGGCUAUACUACCACCCACAUCUAUUUGGUGGCAUAAUGUUAACAGCUGCAUUGCUUGGUCUUUCCACAAGUUAUCUAAGUGGUAUAGCUUGUUUCCCUACUAUUCCAUACAUGUUACCUUAUUUAGGAAAUCUCCAGAAGCAAAAAUCCGGAAAGAAACGUAUCCGUGUUUACAUGGAUGGGUGUUUUGAUCUUAUGCAUUAUGGUCAUGCAAAUGCUUUAAGACAAGCCAAAGCUUUAGGAGAUGAAUUAGUGGUUGGAGUCGUAAGUGAUGAAGAAAUCAUAAAGAACAAAGGUCCUCCUGUUUUAUCCAUGGAAGAGAGGUUGGCACUUGUUAGCGGAUUGAAGUGGGUUGAUGAGGUUAUUGCUAAUGCACCUUAUGCUAUUACUGAAGACUUUAUGAACAGUCUUUUUAAGGAGCAUAAGAUUGAUUAUAUCAUACAUGGAGAUGAUCCUUGUUUGCUUCCUGAUGGAAGUGAUGCAUAUGCUUUAGCAAAGAACGUUGGGCGUUACAAACAGAUCAAAAGAACAGAAGGUGUUUCAAGCACAGACAUUGUAGGAAGGAUUCUUGCAUCAAUGGAAGAUAAAGAAGUUAAUGGAGAAAGUAAUGAAAUGAGUAGAAGAAGCAUCGAGAGUCAUUCCAAAUCCAAACAUGCAUCUAACUUUUUGCCUACAUCAAGAAGAAUUGUGCAAUUUUCAAAUGGCAAAGGGCCUGGACCGAAUGCUCGUGUUGUGUACAUUGAUGGAGCAUUUGAUCUUUUUCAUGCUGGCCAUGUUGAGAUUCUGAAGAGUGCAAGACAGCUUGGAGAUUUUCUAUUAGUAGGCAUAUAUACAGAUGAAACUGUUGGCCAACAACGAGGGGCUCAUUUCCCAUUAAUGCAUCUGCAUGAACGCAGUCUCAGUGUUUUGGCUUGUCGAUAUGUUGAUGAAGUCAUCAUUGGUGCUCCUUGGGAAAUCACAAAAGACAUGAUUGCGACUUUUAACAUCUCUACGGUUGUGCAUGGAACUGUUUCUGAAAGCGAAUCUACUCUCAAUGGGAUGGUGGACCCUUAUUCGGUUCCCAAAAGCAUGGGCAUUUUCAGGAUUCUGGAAAGCCCAAAAAACAUCACAACUACUUCGGUAGCUCAAAGAAUAAAAGCUAAUCAUGAGAUAUACGAGAAGCGAAAUGAAAAGAAGGAAGCUAGUGAGAAGAAAUUUUAUGAAGAGAGGAAAGCACCUGCAACAGAGAUUGCAGUCUCGCUGGCCCGAUUUGCAUUUCGGCGUAAGUCUGAUCGCAGAAACAGAAAUCGCUUGCCGGAGCACUCCUCCUUCCGGCGCUGGCUGAAUAUUUCCGGGAAAUGGUGUUGUCAAGGUUUAGUUUGA